AGGAGUGAGAGAGAGAGAGAGAAAUAGAAAAUAUAUAUAUAUGCGUGUGUAUACGUAUAGUACAUAAUAUAUAUAUAAUAUAUAUUACAUAUAUUACGUGUAUGUAUAUAUAUAUGUGUGGUAUGGAAGAGUGAGUGAGUGAGUAAGUGAGAGAGAAAGAGAGAGAGAGAGAGAAAGAAGUUGAAAACGGGGAGGAGGAUCGGUGGCUCGCGAAAUCUCGCUCUCUCGGUCUCUCAAGGUCGAGCUACGGAAAGGAACGUUAGUAUCGUCGUGUUGUCGUUGUCGUUGUCAUCGUCCUCGUGCUUGCGUAUCGUUUCUCUCUCUUUAUCUCUCUCUCUCUCCCCUCCCCCUCCUAUUCGUCCGUUAGAACGGGACGUGUUAAUUUUUUGUUUCUUUUUUUUAUUUUCCUAUUGUCUCUCUGUGAGUCGUGUGUGUGAUUUUGAAAGAACUUCGACAAAUUAGGAGGAGGAGGAGGAGGAGGAGGAGGACGAGGACAGUUUCUCAGGGGUAGGGGAGGGGGAAGACUCGCGUGGUGAUUUUGGUGCCGGUGUUCGUUUCCGUUUUUCGUCGUCCAAUUUUUUUUAUCUUCUUUUUUGUCGAACGUGGUGACGAUCACGAUCACGAUCACGAUUAUGAUGAUGAUGAUGAUGAUGAUGAUGAUGAUAAUUAUGGUAAUGAUGAUGAUGAUGAUGAUGAUGAUGAUGAUGAUGCAGCAGUGAAUGCAGUGACGAGGGUUCGAGAAAGCAGAAAAAGAAGAAAGAGAAGAGGAGGAAGUGGAGGUGGUGGAGGAGGAAGGAAGGAAGGAAGGAAGGAAGGAGAAGAAGAAGCAGGACAACGGGAGUCGAAAAGGAGAACUACUACUACUACUACUACUACUAUAAUAUUAUACUACUAAUAUUACGUGUGUUAGAGGAGAGGAAGAAGACAGAAGGAAAAAGGAGGACGGUGGAGAAGAGCCAUCAUCGGUGGUGUUGUGUAGUGGCGUGGGUAGUAACCGAAACGCGAAAGGGAGAGGGAGUAUAAGGUACUGCUGGAGUAGAGGUUAUAGCGGGCGCACGAAAGAGAACGUGACUUUGGUGGAGAAAAGAGAAAAGAGAGGAGGAGGAGGAGGAGAAGAAGAAGAAGAAGAAGAAGAAUAAAAAAGACUUGGGGAGAAGAGAAGGAAGGAGAGAGAGAGAGAGAGACAAAAGAGUCGAAUCGGUGACGACGCGACGUUCGGAAGAACCGUGAAAAGAGGAAGACGAAGAGAAGAUAAAGAAGGAAAGAAAAUUAAUAAUAAUAAUAAUAGAAGAAGAAGAAGAAGAGAGAGACUUUGUAGAUAUAGGAUAAUAUAAGAGAAAAGGAGACGAAGGAUUCUCGACGCUCGUGGCGUGAUCCUAAAAAACGAACGAGGAUAAAAAUAAAAAUAAGUAGGAAGAGAAAGAAAGAAAGAAAGAAAGACAGAUAUAUAGAGAGAGAAAGAGAGAUAGAUAAAGGAAGAAGACGGAGAAUAAAGCGCGCGCUGGUUUGAAAUCGCGGUGCAUCAUCGCCGAGCGGGAGUAAGAAAGAAAGAAAGAAACAGAGAGAUAGAGAAAGAGAGAAACUCUGAGAGAGAAGAGAGAGAGAGAGAGAGAGAUAGCGAAGAAGAGAAAGAGAGCGAGAUAGUGAGCGAGGCGCGGAGGUGGCGGCGCCGGCGGCGGGGGAGGGGGUGGAGCGGCUCGCGGCGGGCAGCGAGAGCGGCACGGCUGCUCCCUCGAGCGAGUGUGCGUGCCUAGCGCGCGCGUGUGCUGCUCCUGUUGUUGUUCACGUCGUCCACGUCGAGUGGUGUUCUUCUUCUUUUCUUCGUCGUCGUCGUCGUCGUCGUCAUCGUCGUCAUCGUCGUCGUCGUUGUUGUUGCUGCUGCUGCUGCUACAACUGCUACUCCUCUUGCUGUUAUUGUUGUUGUUGUUGUUGUAGUAGUUGUGCUGGUGGUGGUGGUGGUGGUGGUGGUGCGAGAGUCGUAUUAUCGUGACGAGAGCGAAGUGCCGUGUGUGUUUCUUCUCUCUUCUACGCAACUACACUAUUCUACUACUACUACUGCUACACACUACUACUACUACUACUAUCAACUACUACUACCUUCUACUACUUUAUUAGCAGAGCUACUAGAAAGAAGCACUACUACCAUCUCUAACAUCUAAGUACGCCGUCCUCCUCGUCGUCAUCGUUAUCGUCAUCAUCGUUGUGUCGUCGUCGUCGUCGUCGUCGUCGUCGUCGUCGUCGUCAUCGUUAUCGUCAUCGUCAUCGUCAUCGUCAUCGUCAUCGUCAUCGUUGUCGUCGUUGUUCUUCUUCUUCUUAUCCUCCUCGUCCUUCGCUCGUGGCUCCUCGUGGGAAGCAGUGAAAGAAAGAAAGCCCCCCAGGAUUACGUCAAACCGAGGAAAUAUGAGCAUUGCUGCCCUACUACAGGCCGCCGAGUAUAUUGAACGAAGGGAAAGAGAAGCUGAACAUGGCUAUGCUUCGACGAUGCCGAUACCCGAUGAUAUGCGGACGGUCACAAAAAGGCCAAAAACGAAAAAAUCCCAAGGCAGUAGAACGACUCAUAACGAGCUGGAGAAAAAUAGGAGAGCUCACCUCAGAAAUUGUCUCGAAAAGUUGAAGAUGCUGGUACCCUUAGGUCCUGAAACUUCGAGGCACACUACGUUGGGCCUCUUGACCAAGGCUAAACGUUUUAUCAAAAGCCUGGAGGAACGUGAACGGAAACAUACGGUGCACAAGGAACAACUUUCGCGCGAGCAAAGGUUCCUAAGGCGACGACUCGAACAGCUGACGAGUCAAACAGGCUUGCAUGGCCUUCAUCAGGGUCUCCAUCAAGGUCUCCAUCACGGACAUGCACUCCAUCACGGACUUCACGGGCACGGACUGAGCUCAUCACCGUUGAGCUCUUCCGCACCUAGCGGAUCCUCUUCCGCUGCGGCCGCGGCUGCAGCAGCUGCGGCACUUCUGUCGAAACGGCGCAGUAUCUCCGAGUGCUCACUCGGCACGGCCUCCUCCACUAGUUCCACUGCAAGCUCCAUGAACUCCGACAGGUCUACUGGCAGUCCAUCCGUCUCGGAGUCCGAUGAGGUGGACGUGAUUGGUUAUACCAGUAACCAAUCGGACACCGAUGACCACAGCAGUGUGCAGAGUAGCAGCGACAGUGGCGUCGCGAUGUCUACAUCCAGGCUGACCCUUUCUGAAAUGAUGGACAAUCUUUAGACAAAGAGGUGGCGCGGUGGCGGCGGAAGAAAGUGGAGAGGAAGUGUUUGAGAGCGAGGAAGCGAAGAAAGGAGGGGAAAAAAAGAGAAGAAGACGAAGAGGAGAUGGAAGUGGAAGAGGAAGGGAGGGGUUGGAGGUUGAGAAGUUAGAAUAAGAGGAAAAUGUAGGAAAGAUACAGGGUGGUGAAGAGAACAAGAGCGCGAAGAUGUAGAAAAAGAAAAAGAACAAGAAUAAGAAGAAGAAAAAGAAAAAGAAAAAGAUGAAAAUUCUUCGGGUGUAACGGAGAUUGACGGCGUGCGAAGUAUCGGUGCAAAAAUACAUACACAUACACACACAUGCAUAUAUAUAUAUAUAUAUUAUAUAUAUAUACACGCAGAAACGAAUAUACAGACAAAAAUAAAGAAAGAAAGAAAGAAAGAAAGAAAGACAUUCAGAUAUAGUAUAACACACAUAUACAUAUAUACAUACACAUAUAUACAUAGAAAGAUGGACACGCGCGCUCGAUCAUUUCUUAUCGAAUGCUUUACGAUUCUCGGAUGGCACAUCGACACAUUGUAUUGAAGAGAAGAUCGUUCAAUUCUGAGAGCGCGUGUGUCGCUUACAUAUACAUACGUGCAGCAAGAAAUGGAGAAGAGGAAGAAGAACAAAAAUGGUUGCUGGUCCCUGCAGUCAUGGGAGCAGUAGAAAUAAGCAAAACGAAGAAAAGUAUGGGAUGAGGAAGAGUAAAAGGUUUAGAGAGGGAUAGAUAAUGUCUUUGGAAAGCGAAGAGGAAGAAGACGAAGAAGAGGAGGAGAAGAAGGAGGAGGAGGAGAAAGAGGAUGAGGAUGAAAAAGAGGAGGAGAGGAGGGUGGUGAGGAAGGCUGCUGGUAACAAGAACGAAAGGACCAUUCUUGUCUCUUGGAAGAACUAGCUUGAAGGAACUAGAGGCUUUUCCUUAAGUGCGAGCGAAGAUUGCGCAGAGUAAAUGUUUCGUGGGAUGAAGAAAAAAAAAGCGAGAGAGAGAUAGAAAGAGAGAGAGAGAGAGAGAGAGAGAGAGAGGGAGAGAUGGGGAGAGGUAGCGAAAAGACUCAAGUGUGACGUAGAGAGAGAGAGAGAGAGAGAGAGAGAGAGAGGGAUAUGGAGUGUAAAUUAUCGAGCGAAGUGAAGUAUUGUACAUAUUUUUAAAAGAGCGAGAGAGAUAGAGAGAAUGGAUUUAUUAAGAUGUCUGAUUGAUAGGCGAAGAAAGAGAGAGAUAGAGAGUAAGCGAGAGAGAGAGAGAGAGAGAGAGAGAGAGAGAGAGAGAGAGAGAAUGUGUGUGAAAAAGGAUAGAGGAGCGAUGUAACGAAUCGAAAAGUGCAUGUCGAAAGGUGUUUUUCUUAGAGUAACAUGAAGAAUAAAUUUUGUGUGGUCACGGAAAAAAAAAGAGAGAAAAAGAGAGAGAAAGAGAGAGAGAGGAUAACCGAUACAACGGCGCCAGUCUAAGUACGUACGUAGGACGAGAUAGUUGCGAUCGUUUCUCUUCGCUGUUAUCUUCUGUCUCGUCCACGUGACGUUAUUUUUAUUUUCUUUUUUUCCCUUUUUUUCUUCUUUCUUUUCUUUUUUUUUUUUUCCUUUAAAUCGUUGCUCGUUUUUCCGUCUCGCAAUCAACCACCCCUCGAAAGCCAAAUGAAACGGAGGCAACGAAUUCGUUUCUCUAAACCGAACGAUUUUAGCGCGUUCGAGGGGGGCGGUGAAUGGGUGGGUGGUUGGUUGGUUGGUUGGAUAGAAGAGGGAGUAGUCCAACUUCUUCGGUUCUUCGUCAACUUCACUUGGGGAGGAAAAAAAAUCGAUCGAUGCUUCGUUUCCUAACGCGCGUUGAUCAUGUUUUUCUUGGUCGAAAAAAAACCACACACGAAGCAUAGAUCGUUGUCCUCUUUCGUGGAGGAGAGGCAACGCGAUAAUUCUCGGACCUCUCGUUAAGAUAAAUGGGAAGGAGAAAAAGUAUGAGAAAAAGAAAAGGAACAUGGCUUGGUGGCCUCUCUGUGGCCGAUUAGAGAGACGAGAACCGCAUUCUAUGCGCUUGGUAUUGAUCUUUUCUUCAUUUCCUUGCGUGCGAAAGAGAGAGAAAAUGUGAGAGAGAGAGAGAGAGAAAGAGAAAAAGUGCGGGAGGAUGAAAGAACGAAUGAGAGUGAAAGAGAGAGAGAGAGAGAGAGAGACGAGGGAAGAGAGAGAGAGAGAGAGAGAGAGAGAAUGAAGAAAAAAAAUAAAACGAAACAGCGAACACAACGCGAUUCGCUACUGUUACGCCGAUCUUUUAAUUAUCAUCGCCGCAUUCCGCGCGUAGUGACGGCACCGUUUUUUUCUUUUCCGAAGCUUUCUUAACGAACCGGAUCUUCACGUACACAUAUACAUAUUAAAUGUUCUUUCUCUAUCUAUGAGUGAAAAAAGAAAAGGAAGAUAAAAAAAAAGAGAAGAAAAACAGGAGUAAUAAUAAUAAUAAUAAUAAUAAUAAUUAAUAAUAAUAAAUAAUAAUAAUAAUAAUAAAUAAUAAACAAUAAUAAUAAUAAAUAAUAAUAAUAAAUAAUAAUAAUAAUAAAUAAUAAUAAUAAUAAUAAUAAUAAAUAUAGUAACGAUCUUAUAAUCGGAUGUCUCGAGACUUCCGUUUUCCUUUCUUUCUUUCUUUCUUUCUUUCUUUCUUUCUUUCUUUCUAUUUCUCUCUCUCUCUCCCUCUCUCUCUCUCUCUCUUUUCUUUCUUUCUUCCUUUUUUAUUACUAUUUUAUUUUUAUUUUUAUUUUCUUUCCUUUUUUUUCAUUUUUUUUCUUUUUUGAAACUUGACUCACGCGAUGCACAGAUUCUUUAGAGCGCGCACUUUCAAAGGUUAUCAUAGUUAUCUCCUUUGGUGUCCCGUACAUGUAAAACAAAACAAAAGAAAACAAUUAUGGCGCGAUCGCUCGCGUAAAUUAUCUUAGUUGUAAUCGAUCAAUUGAUCGAUAGAUCGCGUUCGACAAUCCAUCCCGCUGGGAUCAUCGAACGUGAUGAUAGUGAAGAAGAAGAAGGAGAAGAAGAAGAAGAAGUAACAGAAGAAGAAGAAGAGGAGGAAGAUGGAGGAGGAGGAGGAGGAGAAGAAGGAGGAGGAAGAAAAGAAAAAUAAAUAAAAACAAAAAUACUAAAUAUAUGUGUACAUACGUGUUGUAAUUUCUUUCACCUCUCGUGUGUCCUUGAAAUAGUAAUCCGAUUUACUUUCUCGUUGGGAAUAAAUCGAAAAAAGAGAAAGAGAGGGAGAGAGAGAGAGAGAGAGAGAGAGAGAAAGAACAAAAAUUACAAAUAACGAUACACACAGAAGAUUAAAAAAAAGAAAUAAUAAUAAUAAAAAGAAGAAGAAGAAAUAGAAGAAGAAGAAAAAGAAGAAGAAGAAGAAGAAGAAGAACAGAAGCCAAAAAGAAGAAAAAGGAAAAUAUAUAAAAGGAAGUAGAAAAGAAACAAAAUGGUCGAGAUGAGGCGACGCGAUUUCAUCGCGGACGUUAAACUAACAUAAGUUGGUUAUUUCGAAGAGGAGAACGAACGUUUUACGAGACACGAACAUAUUGUGUGUUUUACGGUGAAAGAGAUGGGGGUAAGGGGAGGGGAGGGACCCAAUGUGGUUUUUUAGUGGGGUUGGUAGAGGGAUGAAGAAAAAGAGACACGGCAGAGAGAAGAUGGAGAAAAAGGAGAAGGAGUGGGAUAGAAAGAAGGAUCCUAAUCGUCCUUCUGGAAGAAAGAACAAAGGACGAAGUAUAAAUAAAUAGUGCGAAUAGUCUCGCAGAUGAGACGGUUCGGUUUACGGCUGUCUACAGAUUUCUCGAUAAACAUUACGGUUAAUUAACAAAGCUAAUAACUUCCACCUGACAACACGCACACACGAGAAAACAUAUGUAUACACGAACAUACACGAACAUAUACAUACGCACACGCAUACACAUACAUAAAAGUAUAUACGGUUAAGGAAUAUGCGAACGUGUAGACGUAGACAUGUGAUUUAUGAAGUAUAAUACAGACAUAUAUACGAACACGUUCAUACAUAUGAUGCAUACAUAUAAAGAUUUACCGAAUAUAGAAAACGAGGAUAACAACAAACAAACAAACAAACAAACAAAUAAAACACGUAUACGUUUAAGAGUCGUGCGUUAAGAGGAGGCACGUUAAUAUUAUUAACUGUAAUUAAGUAAACUAAACAAUAUAAAUGGUAAACAAACAAAUAAAAAAAAAGGUAUGAAGAAGAGGAAGAAGAUGAAGAAGAAGAAGAGAAAGAUGAUGAUGAUGAUGAUGAUGGUGAUGAUGAUGAUGAAUAAGUAAUUCAUAAUUGUAUCGAAUAAGUAAAACUUUGCAUCGUCUCAUUAAUUAAUAUACAUUCAAAGAGUACAAAUUCUGUAAGUCCCUCGUUUGAGAGUGUGUUCGCGCGUAUAUGGCAUCAUCUGUGUUAUGCGAUGCGUUUCCUUGGUUGAUGAUUUCGAUCGGCGUGGAGUGCACUUUUUUUCAAAAUGAAAAAAAAUAAAAAGAAAAUGAAAAUGUAAGGAAAAGAGAGAGAAAGGAAUAAUAAUAAAGUCGAGCAGCAUUAACGAUGAACGAAACGAAACGAAAGUAAUACGGAUGAAGAUAGAGGCUUGAAAACAUGGGUCCAAGAAGUUUCGAAAGAAGGAGAGAGAGAAAGAGAGAGAGAGAGAGAGAGAGAGAGAGAGAGAGAGAGAGAGAGAGAGAAGGAAAGAAAAGAGAUCUCGUUUGAUAAUGAAAAGAAGGAGGAGACUCGGAAUUAUUAUGGGAUGCGUGAAAAUUUCAAAUAAAAAAUAUUCUCUCGACAAAAGUAAAAAUCUGACGUAUUGUAUAUUGUGUAUUAAAUGCGCGCUAAAUCGUAUAUUUAUAUCGAUCGAGAAAAUCGCGUCGUGUCUAUUUAUCAUUUUCGAAAUUGAUUCUCGAUCGUUGACGAAGCGUUAAUUUAUCUUCCGAGUUCUCGUGGUUAUAGCUCGAUAUAUAAACGAGACGAUAAAUAUUACAAAGGAUCGAGAGAAACGAACGAUUAAUAUUUAAAACGAAACGAAUUUCGUGAAGUAAGAUUAAACGAAUUACCAGAUAGACUGAUUACCAAAAUUUCGAAGUUGGAGAAGAAAAUUAGGAGAAGGAGAGGGGGUUAGGGAUUGGAUCGAGAAAGGGAGAAAAAAAAAUGGUUUUCUUUUCUCCUUUCUUUCUUUUUUCUUUUCUUCUUUUCUUCUGUUUUUAUUUUUUUUUCUCUCCGCCCCUCCACCCCCCGACCCCCAUUUUUUUUUCGUUACUAAUAUUCGACAUACAUUAAGAUCGAAUAUAUUGUAUCGUGCGUUGAGUCGACUGAUUGAUAUAGAUCUCUUCUUCGCUCCUGGAAAAGAUAAAGAAGUUUCUUCUGCUGUGAAACAUCCGCAAGAGAGUUCAACCAUUCCGACACUGAUCUCGAUUCUUGCGCAUUGUCGUCGGACCCAAGAAAGUCUUGCUUUUGGAUGGAAAGAAAGAGGAGAGAAUGUGAGAGAGAGAAUGAGAAAGAGAGAGAGAGAGAGAGAGAGAAAGCUUUAGAAAUGUUCGCGUGUCUGACAAGGACGUUUUGCUUCCACGACAGUAGAAACGGCACGCUUAAAAGCCGUAAAGUAAACGACAGCCAACGAGAGGAAAGGUAGGAGGUUGUCGUGGACUUUUGUAGUGAGUAAGGGGUGAUACGAAAGGGGAAUGGUGGGAGGGGAGAGUAGGGCCAAGUAGAAAAUCCUCAUGAUUUUUUUGAGAGACAGAAAGAGAAAGAUUGCGACAGAGAAAGAGAGAGAGAGAGACGAAAAUAUUCGAAUUCCACCGUCGACCGAGCGCGACCAAGCCGAAUGAAAUAUUUUCAGCAAGGCACGCCGCGAAUUUUAAUAUUAAACUUAUCGAUACUACUCUCCUCCCGUCGUCGUUGUUGUAUCAACAAUCGACACGUUAAUUAUAGAUUAAUGCAAUCAUAUUGGUUGUUCCUCAAGUUUUAUCGCGGCGAACACCCUCGACGUGUAAACAAAUACGGUGGAAUUUGAUGUUUAUCGUCCCCUUCCCCCCUCCCUGUGUACUCUUGUUUCUCUUUUUUCUUUUUCUUUUUCUUUCUUUUUUAUUCUUCCUUUUUUUUCUAUUUUCUUUUUCUCCUUGAGAGGGUUGUACGGAAAGAUUAAGGAGAGUAGGCGAAGCAAGCAACCAUUUUCGAUUUCAAAGUCAUGUUGUCGCUUUGGCUCCUUACCUACCUAUAACACUCAUCCACCUUCACUAUCCCCAACCCUUUGACAACGAGAGCGAGAGGAAGGAGAGGAGCAGAAAGAAAAAGCGAAAGAAUAAAAAUAAAGGGAAAACGAGACAAAAACGGAUGCACGUUCGAUCGUUAGAGAACUUUCUAUCUCUUUCUCGUGAACGACCAAUUUGUCGUUUCAAAAAGAAACACGAUUUUUUGCGCUAACCACGCGCUUAAGAGAUUUGAUUCUCCCGACUUUUGCUUUUCAUUCUGUAUCUCUCUCUCCCUUCUCUCUUUCUCUCUCUUUCUCUGUCUCACACUUUCUCUCUCUCUCUCUCUCUCUCUCUCUCUCUCUCUCUCUCUCUCUCUCUCUCUCUUUCUCGCAUUUGAUUGAGGUAAUUUUUUUUCUUUUUUUUCUCUCUUUUCUUUUUCUUUCUCUUUUUUCCUUCUCAAUCUUACGCGUAACUUUUGACGACGCUGCGAAGAAGGUAGAACAUCGUCCUGAGAAACUUGAGAAAAUUUUUCAUCGAAUCACUGCUAGAAAUCGAGGAGAACGAAAAAGAGCGAAAAAAGAAUUAAAAAUAAAGAUAGACGAUGAUUCGGGAAUGGAUGGGGGGGGGCAGAGUUUAUAGAGAAUCGCGGCGCGUGGAUAGAAAAAUUAUUUGCGAAUAAAAUUUGUGAUAAUUCGAUCCAAAAGUUUUACGUGAAAGUAAGAAAAAAAAAAGAUUAAAUAAAUAAAUAAAAAGAAAGAAAGAAAGAAAGAAAGAAAAAAAGAGAAGAAAAGAAAAACGGAAAAAAAAGGACGAAUAAGGGAAAGACGCGAGGAAUGAAAAGAAAGAAAAAUAAAAAGGGGCAAGAAAAGAAGUAUUAUCGCGUUUCGCGUUCUAUGUGAUAGACUCGCGCGUGAGUUAUAUUAUUUUACGAUUUAUAGAUACGAUACGUUUUGUAUAUCAUUCGCGAAUUAUAUUAUAUAUAUAUAUAUAUAUAUAUAUAUAUAUAUAUAUAUAUAUAUCAUACGUGUAUAUACGUAUAUAUAUACACAUGUAUGUAUGUGUGUGGGUGUAUCGUAUGUCGAUUAAUGAGGGAAACGUUUUCCAAAGAGAGAAGUAAUAAUAAAGUAAAAUAAAAUAAAAUAAAAUAAAAUAAAAUAAAAUAAAAAGAGAAAAAAGCGACAGAGAGAAGGAGAGAGAGAGAGAGAGAGAUAAGGAAGAAGAUAAAUAGAAAGGAGAGAGAGAAACAGAGACAGAGAAAGGGAGAGAGAAAGUCACGCGAUACGUUGUUGGCUGUCGUUUGCCGAACUAACACGAAGAAAUAAAAAGGAGCUUCGAAGGGAGUGAAACGUACGAAUCGCGCCAAGAGAUUUGAGAAAAUCUUUUCUUUUUUCUUUCCUUUUUUUCUUCAUCUUUGUGUCACGUAUGUGUGUGCGUGUGUAUGCGUGUGUGUGCGAACGACACGACGAGCGAAUUGAGAAAAGGUGCGAGAAGAUAAAGGGUGAAGUGGGGUUGGGUGGAUAGAGAGAAGGUGAGCAACUAAAGGAAAAGAAGCUAUAAACGAGGGAGCCAUCAAGAACCACUACAAAGUAAACCAAAAGAGAAAAAAAAAUAUUAAGAAAAAGAAAAACACAAAAAAAAGAAAAUAAAUUAUAAGAAGAAAAAAGAUUAAAAGUAAAAUGUGGAAGUAAGGACGAGAAAUAGUCAGACAAAAGUCUACUACAAAGUUUAGAAAGGAGGAGAGGUGAGGAAAAAAAGCAAAAAAAGAAAAAGAAAAAAAAAUAUGUGAUCUCGCUAGGAGAUUCAACGAGCUGUGGAUGGAUGAAUAAAUAAAUGAGCAAAACAUAAUUAACGUUAUAAAGAGGUUAAGAGGUUUCAUUAAGCGAUUAACAAUAAAUGUUUCUUGACGAAAAAAAAAGAAAAAAAAGAAAAUAAUAAUAAUUAAGAAAAAAAAACGUUUAGAUCGUCGAUCGACGAAGCACCUUCACGAGAUUUUUCUUUUCCAUCAUUAAGGUAAUAAAUAACACAAAGGUACAUAUGUAUAUGUAUAUAUGUGACAAUAUAUAUAUAUAUAUAUAUAUAUAUAUAUAUAUUGACCAAAAAAUAUGUGUGUAUAUAUGUAUAUGUACACAAAAAAAAACAAAACAGGAAAAAAAUUUUUGUUUCGUCGUCACUGUCCAAGUCAUCGUACGUACCGUGUAUCUUUUUAAGUGAAAAAGGAAAAAAUGAAAAAAAAAACAAAAGCAAAACAAAAAAAAAUAAUGAGAAGGAUGAAUGAAUGGAUUGUUUUCUUUAUUUUAUUUUUCAUUUCGUAGUACCUUAUCGUAGUAGCGAGAUAAAUAUAUAUGUAUUCUGUACAUGUAUAUGUAUAUGUAUCUACAUACGUACAUAUAUAUAUAUAUAUAUAUCUAUAUCUGUAUAUCUAUAAACACAUACACACAUAUUGAAUUAAAUGGGGGACGCUUGCCCGAUGUAUCGGUGUUCGUAUUUUAUUAAUCCGAGGUAAAAAAAAAAAGAGAAGAAAAAAAGAAAUGACGAGAUAAUAAUAAUAAUACGUAGAUGAGAAUUCGCGAUGUUGAAAAUAUUACUAAAGUCGUUGAUUGGUCGCCCGAGGAGAAAAAAAUGAAAAAAAAAUUAUAUAUAUUCAUUUUUAUCUCGAUAAAAAUGGAGAGGAAAAGAAAGAGAGAGAGAGAAAGAGAGAGAAACAGAGAGACUUAUAAAUUUUUUUCGUCAAAUUUCGUGUGUAUAGCGUUUCCUCGGCGAUCAUUCUCGAUACAUACGAUUUUUAUGUAAUAAGAAAGAAUGAGAAAAAAAUCGAAAUUUCGAUAAAGAUAAAUUGCUCGCGUGUACAUGUUGAAGCUCUCACGAUUUUUCUUUUUUUUUUCUUUUUCCUUUUUUUGCUUCUUUAUCCGUAUAUGUCGGGCCAGUUCGUUCCCAUGAAAAUGUGAUAUUAAAAUUAACAGAAAAUGAAAAAAAUGGAGUGUGAAAGGGUGGGAGAGACGUCGGGGUGAGGGGUGAGUGGGAGGGAGGGCAUCAGAGAAACAAGAUAGGAAGGAAAGAUUUAGCAGGAAGAGAUCGACGAGCAAAUCUGACAGGAC